AAGGUUUUGCAACAAAGCAUCCCUUCGCCUGCCUAUGUGCAACAAAUGUUCAGGCUGGAUUUAGAAAACAAAGAGGCACUAGAGAUUUUUGAAGAAGUUCUAACGUUCUUGACAAUUCCCAGAUCACAUUGCCAGAAAGUAGAGGAUGGAUAUUCGACCAAACCACACGCUUUACAUAAACAAUGUUAACGACAAAAUUAAAAAAGAAGAACUGAAAAGAUCUUUAUAUGCAUUGUUUUCACAAUUUGGUCAUGUAGUGGACAUUGUGGCUCUAAAAACAAUGAAAAUGAGAGGGCAGGCCUUUGUUAUAUUUAAAGAACUUGGAUCAUCCACCAAUGCCUUAAGACAGUUACAAGGCUUUCCAUUUUAUGGUAAACCAAUGCGCAUUCAGUAUGCAAAAACAGACUCUGAUGUCAUUUCAAAAAUGCGUGGUACGUUUGCUGAUAAAGAGAAGAAAAAAGAGAAAAAGAAGACCAAGUCCUUAGAACAGUCUGCCAAUGCUGCAAACAAAAAGCCAAAUCAGGGAGCAAAUCAGAAUCCAGCGAAUGCCCAAGCCAAUUCCUCACAGAAUCAGCAGGUGCCUGAUAAUCCACCAAACUAUAUACUUUUCCUCAACAAUUUGCCAGAAGAGACAAAUGAAAUGAUGUUGUCAAUGCUGUUUAAUCAGUUCCCUGGUUUCAAAGAAGUCCGUCUGGUGCCCGGCAGACAUGACAUUGCAUUUGUGGAGUUUGAAAAUGAAGGACAGGCAGGAGCUGCUCGGGAUGCUCUCCAAGGAUUUAAGAUUACUCCCUCACAUGCCAUGAAGAUCACUUACGCCAAGAAGUGACGGGAGUAAAUGAGACUCCUGCAAGGACUUGCUCACAUUUUUUCUUACUCAAACAUGCUGCAAGGUUUUCUUUUUUCAUCAGAUAAAAGUGUUGUUCCUUGUAUUUGAAGAAAGCAACUUGUGCAAGGAUUUUGCCUACGUUGGCGUAAUGAUAACUGCUCACACUGAACGUUGUUAAAUGUUGUUGAUGGGCUUAGGUCUGUUUUAUAUGCUUUGACCUUAGGUUCUUCACAGUGAAAAGUUUACAGAAAGUUGUUUCUUGAGAAAUAAAACUACAUUUUGUUUCUUAAAAUGGA